UGAAUUUUACCGAAGCUUGGAUUGAUAUGGCGCCAAUGGACUCCAUAGUUUAAGGGCCACUGUAGCUCUAUUCCGCACUCCUGGCAAAUAGUUUCGGAAGUGCAUGAUUAGCGAACCUGCACAUGAUGAACUUGGGGCACAAUUAUCUUAAAUUAGCUAGAUAGAUACUAAUUUUAAACUUCCCGCGUCAAUGUUCGACGCUGCGCAUCAUACCGGUAGUUAUCUAGCUAGCUACUUGUUAUUUUGCUUGCUAGACAGCUAACCUAAGAUCACGUAACUUAGCUAUCCUACCGUUACUAAUCAGCUACGUUAGCACCUUAUUAAGACUUACUGAAAUGGAAACCUUAUAUAGUAACGGUAUUUGGAUGGCGGAGGCUCUUCAGUUGAAAACGAGAAAUUAUGAGGAUUUUUGGCUGAUAGCUACCCAUAUGGGAGAUCCCAAAGCAGCAUUUCUUCUCGUUUUCCCACUCGUGUUCUACCUGCACCGACGAACGGGCAUCGCGAUUAUCUGGGUUGCAACGAUAUCGGAAUGGCUCAAUUUGGUGUUUAAAUGGAUCCUGUUUGGGGAGAGGCCGUACUGGUGGAUAGGGGAAUCCCGUCUUUUUGUGAAAAACAGACCUCAACUCCAACAGUUCCAGUCCACCUGUGAGACAGGACCAGGCAGCCCCUCAGGUCACGCCAUGGUUACUGCUGCUGUGUGGUGGGUGGUUGUUUCCUCACUGGCCUCUUUUAUUCACACGCGCUCUGGCAGUAAGGUCCUGGCUGCAGUGCCAUACCUACUCUACACUGUGCUGUUGGGGGUGCUCGGCUUGUCUCGGAUCUUCAUCUUGGCUCACUUCCCCCAUCAGGUCAUUGCCGGCAUUCUGGCAGGGCUGAUUCUCGGAGUUUUUCUAAACCGUACUGUGCCUGAAUGUCGCCCCCUGCUGUUCCACGUGCGCACUAGUAUGGGUUUGCUGUUAGGAACACUGAUAAUACAUGCUUUGCUGGAGAAGGCUGGAUUGAAUCUUUCCUGGUCUAUUUCGUUGGCCAAGAGAUGGUGUUCCAAGCCUGAAUGGGUUCGCAUGGACACGACUCCUUUCUCUUCUCUGACUCGGGAUGCUGGUGCGCUUCUGGGCCUGGGCCUUGCUCAGUUCUGGAAGCCUGGUGGCUGGACCCUUCCUUGGGUGCCAAAAACACUCUGCCUGGCCCUUUCCUCCAUGGCCCUCUACCACAUCAGUAGAUUCCCUCUGCCCACCAUUCCGCCUGUGCUCUUUUACACUCUCUUCUUCCUCAAAUACGUUGUUGUGCCACAAGUGGUCAUGGUGAUGGUGCCGGGCACCGUUCACCUUCUUACAGCCAAAGCCAAGCAAGACUGAGGGUCAGAUGUCACGGUUUUUAGCACAUCUUCAAAGCAAAGACUUGAAGGCUGAGGUAUUUUUAUUUUUUUCUUGCGGCUCCACAAAAACCAUCAAGUUUGUGUAUAUCUCAAUCUUAAAGUGACCAGCUAUUUGAUUGUAGCUUUAAUUGCAGUGAAUACUGGGAAAGUCUGGAAAUUAAGUGAUCAUAGAAGGGUUUAAUUAUGACCGUAAGAAUGUCUAUAAGCAAGUACAUGUCAGAAUCCUUACAUAUUCUAAUAACAUUCUAAUGCCUAAAAUGGUAGCUAUAGAUACUUAUUACUGAAAAUAAGAAACCGAUUGCUACCCAAAUUUAAAAUGGGCGUAAAUUCCUCAGAGGAGAACUCUAAAUCUUAUGUGGUUUGUAACAGUGAGCGGUAAGGAGGCAGAUGCAUGUGCGGAGAAGAGCGAGAUUUAUUCAGGGCAAAUUCAGAAUCAGAGUCGGUAUAACGGUCCAGAGUCAAACUACCAAUACGAAGAGUACGGGGAUACAUGAUUAACAAACACACGAAGGCAAACGGGAAGCAGGAUAUAACAAAAGAUGCUAGAAAAACUCUGGGCUAAGAAACACGAAGGCUAGGAAACACAAAAGGCACAGAGUACAAACUUAACACAAUGAUUCAAAUAUGCA